GGGUUGCGGGGUGGGUGUGGGGGUUGGGUGUCCGCGGCCCGGAGCAGGCGGAGGGCGGCACGAUGUCAGGUAGCAUGGCAAGUGAAGAAGACUUCUUUUUGGAAGAAAAAAAAUUCAAGCAGUACUGUGAAGAAUUCAUUAAUCAUUCCCAGCAGAUAGGAGAUGGUUGGGAGUGGAGAACUAGCAAGGACCUUGGUGAUGGUUACCUUAGUAAAACACAUUUCCAAGUAAGAAACAGAAACAUCUCACCAGAUCUGCAGGAGAAAAAUAAUGAUAACACUGAACAAACAUUUUUUGCACACGUUGAAGAGCCUUUGGAUGAUUCUCAAGUAGCUGGAGUUGGUGCAACAGAAGAAGUGAUUCGCUAUGAAUAUCACGUCUUGUAUUCCAGCAGCUACCAAGUACCUGUGCUUUAUUUUAGGGCAUGCUUUUUAGAUGGAAGACCUUUAACUCUGGAUGAAAUAUGGAAAAGUGUUCAUGCGUGUUACCAGGCUCGUCUGCUGGAGGGGCCCUGGGACACUAUUACACAGCAGGAACACCCUUUGCUUGGGCAGCCAUUUUUUGUUCUGCAUCCGUGUCGGACUAAUGAAUUCAUGACUUCCAUACUGACUGCUUCCCAGAAACACAACAGACACACAAAUUACAUUAUAUUGUGGCUCAGUACUGUCGGCCCAGUGGUGGGUCUAAAUUUGCCUCUGAGUUAUGCAAAACUAGCACAUGAACAGAAUACAAAUGCCAGUUCAGUUGGAAGGGUUCUCAGCUGAAGGUAAGCUGAGGGUGGUUAGCAGUAGUAAAGCUGCUGCAGACAAAGGAAUCAAACAAAGGAAUCCUUCCUGACUGGUAAGCAAUGCAGUAUGGAAAAAUGACAGUUCAUGGCUCUUUCCCUGGUCACAGUGGAAGACCUAAGAGUUGGCUGCAGUUGUGACAACAACUCUGAAGUACAACCAAGAUCUGAACUCACUUGUGAUUGCAUUGAACCCGUUGAAGUCACUCCUUUCCUACCUCUGUUUAGCUGUGGGCACAGCCUUAGCUAGUCUGUACACAAAUACACAAGCUAUUUUCCUUGUUACAGAGUUGAGAGGCUGGCUUACUGCUACUAAACUUAUCCACUAAAAAUCAUGUGUCAAGAAAAGCUGCACCAUCUGGGAGGGUUUGGACAGCAAAAUUUUCUUAAAUGUGGUUUAGCUUUUAAUCUGUGGUUUAGGCAUGUGAAAAUCAGUGUAUGGGCUGAAAUUAAUUUGCCUAGGGACCACCUUCUCUACCACAGCCUUAUGCAUGGAGCAUCCUUGUGUUCCACACCACACACAGAAUAUCCUAAUCCCAGGUCUGAAUAGUACUUUGCUGAGACUAUUUUGUAUAUGUCAUGCUUCAGAGAACAUACAGGAUCAGGAUGGUAGACAAGCAAAGUACUUACAGUCAAUAUCUGACUAAGCAUGUACAGCUCUAGAGUUCAAGGGGCCUAACACUGUCAUGGGAAAACAUCUGGCUUUUCUGUGCUUCACUGCCUCCAAAGGAAGCUUUGCCAUACCCUGUAGGAGUUACUGUUGUAGUCAAUUAGUAUUUCUCACUGUAGUACUAGUAGUCGUUCACAGGUUUGGUCCCUAUCCUCCAGUCUUCACACAACCCUCCCCAUGCAGCUGUUGAAUUUUGAGCAAGUAGGAAUUGCACAGUAGUACAGACAGUGACAACAAGAUUAGAAAGAGCUAUUGUACAAGUUGUCUUGGAUUCUUUCCUAAUCACAUUGUAUUUGUGGUGUAAACCAAACCACAAGUCCUGAGCAGCUGAGAUGGAAUUACAGAUUUUACUUUGUAUGUCCAGCAAUAUGUCACUUGUAUCCAGAGUCCAAUGUGUGCCACAUCAGAGUGGAAAUGCUCAAUGCAUCAAGUUUCAGAUUCUGAGUUUUCAGGUAUUUUGAUUGGCUGCAUAUUUUUAACUUGCAAUAUAUGUUUUUGAUGGAUUGAAAUGCAGUGCAGUCUUCAAAACUCUAUUGGUCCAGAGUUCUUUUGCCAGCUAUUUGGAAUUAAUAAUGAAAGAACAUAAUUUAUUCCAUUCUGGAUCAUAACAAUCUGACAAGCCAUUCUUCUGUGUAAGAUUUAUGAAAUAUAUUUUCUGUUGAUGUGCCAUGAUGUGUACAUUGCCUUUUGUAUCACUUCUGGUAACAUAUGCUUAAUAACUGCACCCAUAUCCCAUUUUCAAAUUUAAGGACAACUUACACAGGAGAAAAACAAAACCAAAAAACCCCCAAAUAGCUUGCAAGAGUUUUAAGAGCAGCUGAAUGUUCAUCCCUGCUCUCUGAUCUUCAUUUGUGAUGCACUGGAACUGAGUAAUAAAAGUGAUCAGCUCUCCUCAGCUGCCCUGCAUCACUAAGCAGCUCUCUCUCAGCUCCUGCUCCAUCUAUCCUCUCACACUGUGCCAGCUGGCCCUUGGGACCUUUAUUCCCCAUAUCACUUAGAAUUGGCCUCAGGUAGCUUUAUUUAAACCAAGGUCUGAAUUAGCUCCUGCUGACCUUAGGAUCAGGGAAGUGGAAAGGAUUGAUGGAGUUGUUCCCUAUAGACCAUCAGCACUGAAAGCUGCAUCAGCAUAUCUGAGGAUCAUUUGCACUUGUAUUCCCAGAGCAUCACAGAUGUUACCUGGUACUGCACUGAGGAGUGAAUAUACAGAAGAAAUUAUGCUUUUAAACAACAGAAAUAAUAAAAUGCAAUCCUGAGCACAGAUUGGCUUUGAAAUAACUUGUAACUGAAAUGCUGGUUUUAGUGUUCUCAUAUAGUGGACAAGAGCUGUUCCUUGAUAAAGCAGAGGAUAAGACCCUGGAACAUUUAGCUAAGGUGCUGCUGUGCAAAAUUUCUAAGGAUAGUUUCAUAGGCAUUUCUUGGAGACCAUCUGUGAGAGUCUGGCUUCACUGAUUUGCAGUUGUCUCAAAAGAGCAAUUUUAAAGUGAACAGCCCUGGCUAGGGUGGAGGACCUAGCUGGCCAGAGCUGAGCAGGGGGGACACCUCAGGAAGAGAUAAGAACUACUGGGUGGAGACUGCUCCCCUUUUCUGAGGGCCAGCCUGCAAUGCUGGGACAUCCCUGUAGGCACCAUUACCCUGGCCAGAGUGGAGGAAGCUACCUUGGUUGUACUGAUGCUGAUGUACCUGACUGUGGGGGCUGGAAUGGAGCAGGGAGCUGAUGAGUGGGUGGGGGACUGCACCCUUCUGCAGAAGCUCCCCCCCUCCAGGCAGCCUGUCUGCAAUGGCUCUGAUGCCAAUGCCCCUGGCUUCUGUGGCAGCUGACUGACAGCUGCCCCUUGGGAACAAAAGGAACUCAGGGGUAUAUAUGGCUGUCCAUGCUGGGGCUGUUUUGUCAUCUCUUGACCCACCGCCCUUCUGCAUGUCCAGGAUCAGCACCAUCUGAUCUUUUUCUGAAGAAGCUUGCUGGACAGCUGGGCCCCUGCUGGUGACUUUUCUCUCUCAGUCUUCCUUCCCACUUUCUUACCCUUUUUCUCCACUUUUCUCUCUCUCUUAUAUCGUCUUUUCCUCUCUCCCUCUUUUGCCUGGCUCUAUAUUUUUGGCUGUCUCAAUUGUCAAAUAAAGUCUGCUUGCACCCAACCCUCCUACAGUUGGACUUUGUUUCAUGGAUCCAAAACAAAAAUAAAUUUUAAUAUUACCUUGGACAGUAACACCAUCUCUUCCUGUUUCUGUCAUGGAAGCAGAGACUGCAGGCCAGCUAUUCAUAACAGCAUUUGGACAGUUUGGGUUUCCUCACUAUAGGCAAAACUUAUUACUGCAAAUCUGGGAAGUGUCUUUGCUCAGGAUGUCACUGGACAGUGUAACAAGUGAAGAAAAUGAAGAAGAAGAAAAGAAAACAAAUGUGAAGUAAUUCUGGGAAAAUAUAUCCUGCUCACUUUCUCCAGUCCAUCAGCCUUCCAUUGUACCUUAAGAUUAUCUUUUUUUUUCCCCCAAACAUCGAUAAUAAAACUGGAAGUUGU